AUGAAGACCAAGAACCGGCCCCCCCGGCGCCGGGUGCCUCCGCAGAACACAGAGGCCACCCCAGGGGAGCAGACCCCCGACAGGCCCCAGCCGGCCUCCGGGGCCCCGCUGGCCAAGGGUCUGCGGAGCAGGACCGCGCGGGCGCAGGGGGUGCGGGCGGAGGGCGGGCGCCGGCGGCCGGGGCUCUCGGGCCAGGCUGGCCGGCGGGAGAGCAGCGUCCAGCGGCGGCUGGAGAGCAACGAGCGCGAGCGGCAGCGCAUGCACACGCUCAACAACGCCUUCCAGGCGCUGCGCGAGGUCAUCCCGCACGUGCGCGCCGACAAGAAGCUCUCCAAGAUCGAGACCCUCACGCUGGCCAAGAACUACAUCAAGUCGCUGACGGCCACCAUCCUGACCAUGUCCAGCGGCCGCCUUCCCGGCCUGGAGGGGCCCGGCCCGAAGCUCUACCAGCACUACCAGCAGCAGCAGGCGGCGGGGGGCGCCCUGGGCGCCGCGGAGGCCCAGCCCGAGGGCCACCUGCACAAAUACUCCACACAGAUCCACAGCCUCCGGGAGGGCUCCUAGCACCGCCCUGGGCCC